CUUCCGCCUCCGUCAGCAAAUCUCUGUGACGACUGGUAGCUUUCCACUUCGUCAUUCUCAACGACGACUAUUUGUCGGGAAGUAUCUCUCGCCUACUACUCUAUAUCACAAAGCCUCCAUCGGCGACGGAUCUCAUCAAAAAAACAUUUCUCACCAUCGUCACCGUUAUCAUUCACCGACGUAAGACAAUGGAAUUUGUUGCCAAAGCAAAAACCAGUGGAUUAUCAUCUCUCUCGGAGCUUCACAAAGUUGAGGAGCAUGAUAACUUUGCUUAUCAGAGGGAGCCAAAACCGAAUAAUACUUCUACUCAAGGUAUUAGUAGUGACAAUAAUGACUAUGUUUCCAAAACAAAUGCGAAAGCUAUUGAUGUUGCCAAGAGCACCAAAUUUGUGAGUAGGAUCAAGAAUUCCAAAUCCAAUGAAGAAGAGGGUAAUAAUUUUGAGGUUCAAAUGCCUGAAGUUAUAAAUUUAACUUCCGUUUUAGGCUUUGAUGUACCUUUUGAAGAAGUUGGAAAUUUAUUUCAACUUCUAGAAUUUUGUUCAGUCUUUGGAAAGGAUCUGGGUUUGAGAGAAGGACAACCUACAUCUAUUGUGCACGAGCUUUUUUCAAGCGAGCGUACAAAGGGACAACAAUACUGCUCUAUUAUCUCGAUGAUAAUCCAGUUGUUGGAGUUAAUAUCACAUGAUAGAAAUAUGUCUUUGUCUUUAAGUGAAAUUAAUAACAAUUGGUUCAAUGCUAUUGGGGAUUUAGUAUUGAAGUCGGGAGUUUUAAGUAAUGAAUUCCCACCUGAAACAUUUAAAGGAGGUGAUGCAAAGUAUAAUGAGAUGGAUGCUUCAAGAAGGCUCAAGCUUCUGAACUUCUUAUGUGAUGAAUCACUUACCACAUUGGCAAUGAGGAAUAUCAUUAAGAACAAAAUUUUGGAGUUUGAAGCAAAGAAAAAAGAAGCAAAACAAAAGGCUACAGUUGCAAAUAAAAAGGAAAAACAACUGAGGAAGACGAUGCGAAGUGAUUUUGCCAAAAUCUAUAAGGAAAAUACCGGAGUUCCGCUCUCCAGUGAAGAGCAUAACAAACUUUUGUCUCAACUAAGAGCUCAAGCUAAAGAAGCUCAUGACGAGAUGAUGGAGGCAAAGAACAUAAUUUCUAAAAAGAUGCAAACAUGUGAUGUUGUUAGAACUGACCAAAACAUAAUAGAGGACAAUGGACUUGUUCUCUGGAAACUUAAGUGUUUUGAGGAAGAACCAAAGUUUUUGCUUCAAGAUCUAGGAACAUUUGAUGAUUUAAGUCCUUAUGAAAAAUGGUUAGCCUUUAAGGCUGAACAGAAAGAGGAGAUAGAGAAAUUUAUCUCUUCCAAGAGGAAACAACGCAAAAAAAGAAGAAUGUGAAUGGGGCAACAUCCAGAUUAGCCCUAAAUUAUAAUGUCUAAGUAAUCAUUUCGGAGUAAUAUGAACUUUUUUUUUUCAUUCUUUUUCUUUUUCAUAUAUAAUAAAAACAAAAUAUAUCAAAAUAGGCUAUCAUGUAAUUUUAGAAGUUUAAAAAGUUUACUUCAUUUCUUCGUA